ACUUAUUUUUCUCUUCCUUGGGAAAAAAACAAAAUUCUCCCACUCAGCUUUUUUCCACAGCCACACCCAAACCCAACCAACGAACAACCAAACAAAUCCACUCCACACACCCACCUUUUUCAGUUUUCGCACUUCUUCCUCGUAACUCUCACCUCAUCGCCGGAACCCUAGUUCGAUCCGCCGGAAAUCGAAUCCGCCGAGAGUAGAUGACUGUACGAUUGGGGAAUAGGUGAGAUCAAAAGGGUUGGAUUUCCUCGCCGGAUGGAGGGAGGUAGCGUCUCUAGACUUACUUGUUCUGGGAUUCACCCAUGGAUUAUGAUGACAAUGAUUUUCAAAACCAGAAUCUCCAUUUAGCUGGUGAAGGGAGCGCCAAAUUUCCUCCGGUAUUAAGGCCAUAUGCUCUCCCCAAGUUUGAUUUUGAUGAAAGCCUUCAAGCGAAUUUAAGAUUUGAUAGUUUAGUAGAAACUGAAGUUUUUCUUGGCAUUGAAAGUAACGAAGAUAACCAGUGGAUUGACACUUUCUCCCGAGGGGGUAGUGGCAUAGAGUUCAGUUCAACUGCAGCUGAGUCUUGCUCUAUAUCAAGGCAUGGCAAUGUUUGGUCUGAGGCUACUUCCUCAGAAUCUGUUGAAAUGCUUUUGAAAUCUGUUGGACAGGAGGACUAUAUUCCUAGACAAACAGUUAUUCAGGAAUCAGAUGCCUGUGAUGAACUGGCCUGCUUAGCUAAGCAAAUGGACACCAAUCCAAAAUUUGAUGAUAAAAAUGAAUUUAAACAUAGUGUUUCAGAUUUACAUCCACCUGGUGGCACCCAUACUAGUUUUUCUGGAUUGAAAGAGGAUGUAGGAAUGGAGAAGCCUCAGGGUGGAGUCUCCCAAGGUCAUGAUGGGGAAUUAUCCAUUGAUGGAACUUCAAGUAACCCUGAACUAAGUGAUAUCUGCAGAAAUAUUGACUUGCCCGUGUCUGAGGGGAGCCUGACUCUUGAUACCAAUGACAAAAAUAACAAUACAAACCAAAGACAAGUUGAGACUGUUGAUGAUGACUCACAUCAUGGCAAAACUCAAGAUGAUUCAUCUGCAGUGCAAACUAAUAUUGCUGAAUCAUGUAUGAAAAAUAUGGGUGAUGACAAGCGAGAUCCUUUACAAGCACAAACUAAUAAUCAAGAUUUGGAAUCUUCUGUGAUGGAUAAAGAAGCUGUUGUGGACACACAGACUCUGGAUCGAGGCAUGGUUGGGGGUGAUGCACAUCAUUUGGAUAAACCCUUUUGUUCAAUCCCCACAGAAGAACAUUUGGAAGGUAGAGGUGUAGUUGAAGGUCUUGAGACUGGGAUAAGUAGUUUAGAGAGUUCCUUAAGAAUGGAAUCUGUUGCUGUUUCGCAGAAAGUUGAAAAAAGCAGUGAAGAUAUGUGUUUCAGUGCUCUGUCUCAGAACAUUGUAAGUGAAGAUGUAAUGUUGCUUAACGAUGUGGUAAUGGAUGACCAAUCUGUACCAAAUACAACUGAAUUGCCAAAACCUUCAAUUAAAGAUGAUUCUAUCUCUGAGGGGCAAGCGGUUGAGGUUAGUAAUUUACAUUGUGAGAAUUUUCCCAAUAUGCAGCAGAAUGUGGAUGUCAUGGAGAAGACGACAUACGAUGUCGGCAGUGUUACUAAGGAAGAUGAGCUAUUGAACACUGGUGAUAUUGUGAUUUUGUCAGGCAAGGCAUCUGUGCUUACUGCAGAGGAAAGUAACAUUUCCACUAUUAAUGAAGGAAAUAGUGAAAAUAUGGUAGGAAGUUUUUCAAGUAGCAGUGUGAUGGCCUUUUCAACAAAAUCUUCCAUUUUGGGUGAGUCUACUCAAAUAUGUGUAAACAAUGAACCUGACAGACAGAAUGACCAUGAAAAAUGUGAUCAAGAUGUCUCUGUAAAUGAUCAGGAUGAACUAUUGAACAUUGGUAAUCACGUGGAUACAGUUAAUUUGUCAAGCAAGUCUGAGGCAUCUAUGUUUACUGCUGAGGAAAAUAACAUUUCCUCUAUCAGUGAAGGAAAUAGUGGCAAAAAGGUAGAAGGUUUUUCAAGUUGCAAUGUGAUGGAUUUUUCAACAAAAUCUUCCAUUUUGGGCGAGUCUACUCAAAUAUGUGUAAGCAAUGAAUCUGAUGGACAGCAUGACCAGGAAAACUGCGAUCAAGUUGUCUCUGUCAAUGAUCAGGAGAAUGAAAGGGUUCCUUCUGAUUCUAGCCAGAAGCAUUGUGAUGUUGAUAUGGGUGUUGUUUCAUCAUCUAUUAGUGAAGGUAGCAUGGAAAUCGAGUUGACAACUUCCACAGUAUCAAUCGAUGUCACACCUGUCAAUAAUUCAGUUUCACAAGUUGUUUCAGAAAAUAAUAGUUUGACAUCACAUGAGAUUGUAGACAUUCCACCUUCUAGCAAAGUUGUUUCCACUCAUGAAGUUACUAGUCACAAUGAAUUUCAAGGGAUAACUCCUGUUGGAUAUUCUUCUGCUGAGGAAAAGAGAGAAUUUACAGCAAAAGCUGAGGAAGCAGGCACAUCUACCCUUGUUGGAUCUUCUGAACUGGAAACUGCUCCUUGUCCUGUCACAGGAACUGAAAAACAUCAUUCUUCUGAUACUUCAAGGCUAUUGUUACGUGACAGUGAUUGCCAGCACAAUGUAGGGACUAGUGCUAUAAAGAUUGGUGAACCUCAAGGAACAGCAAAUGAUAAAGUUAUUCAGGAAUGUGCAAAAGAGACUGGUAUGCCUCAAGUUCUAUGUGCAUCAUCUGAGAAACAGAGUGAUGGUGUUACAGUUUCUUUAGUUAAGGAUGGCAAGGAUACUGUGCAGGAGAAUCCUGACGAGUCUUCCUCAGAAAAAUUAGGAGGUGGAAGCCUUUCCCAAACUGAAAAGGACAAAAAUCAAGUUGAGGCUUCUGCUAAUCAGAACACCCAAGUUUCUGAGGUGAUAAAUGGUGGUCCGAAAAAUACAUUGUCUACUGCUGAAGAUCUAAAGGAGAAUAAUGCAUCUAAAGAUGAAAGAAGGUCAACUCCUGAGGUAAAUUCAGUGAUUGAUUUGUCCAAAAAGGAUGUUGCAGAUGAUGUUGGCAAGAUGCAACCAAUUCCUGUUACUGAAACCGUCAAAACAUCAUCAGCUAUGGAGGGAUCUCCUUCAACUUUUGGGCGAGGUCCCUCAAAAACCAAAUCUGUUGGAGAGGUAGCAACAAAUGGUGCUUCUAAAGCUACGGCUGAGCGCAAAACUAGGCGAGCAUCUAAUAAGAGUGCUGGAAAGGAAUCUUCUAGAAGAGGAAGUCAUGCAAAGGACACUAAACUGGCUAGACAGACUGAUAGAGGUGAUAAAUCAACCAAAGUUUCCCUGAGCCCAUCUCCUGGUUUUCAGAUGAUGCAGUCAAAUGAGGUGCAGCAGUUUGGGCAUAUUGACUCAAAUAGUACAAAGUCAUUUGCUGUUGUAAAUACUUCAACAUAUAGCAUUCCAGAUUUGAACACUUCUGCUUCUCCACCUGUUUUGUUUCAUCAGCCUUUCACAGAUCAGCAGCAAGUACAAUUACGUGCACAGAUCUUUGUAUAUGGAGCUUUGAUUCAAGGCAUGGUACCAGAUGAGGCUUAUAUGAUAUCAGCUUUUGGAGGAUCAGAUGGUGGAAGGAGCCUUUGGGAUAAUGCUUGGCGUGCCUGCAUGGAAAGGCAACAUGGUCAAAAAUCUCAUCCUGCUAACCCAGAAACACCUCUGCAAUCACGAUCUGUUGCUAGAACCUCUGAUUUGCCACAUAAGCAAAGUGCUGCUCAAGCGAAAGGUAUCUCUUCGCCACUUGGUCGAACCAGCAGCAAGGCUACUCCCCCAAUUGUAAACCCCUUAAUACCUCUUUCAUCUCCACUUUGGAGUCUAUCAACUCUAGGUCUAGGUAGUGAUUCCCUGCAAUCUAGUGCCAUUGCAAGAGGUUCUGUCAUGGAUUAUCCACAAGCAAUUACUCCAUUACACCCUUAUCAAACUACUCCUGUGAGGAAUUUUCUUGGACAUAACACACCUUGGAUGUCCCAAACCCCCCUUCGAGGACCAUGGAUUGGUUCUCCAACUCCUGCACCUGACAAUAGCACCCAUAUUUCUGCAUCACCUGCCUCAGAUACAAUUAAGCUAGGUUCAGUCAAAGGAUCUCUGCCUCCUUCCUCUGUCAUAAAGAAUAUUACUUCCAGUCUCCCUACUUCCAGUACAGGUUUGCAAAGUAUCUUUGCAGGAACUGCCUCUCUGCUUGAUGCAAACAAUGUGACAGUAUCACCUGCUCAACACUCUUCAGAUCCAAAGCCCAGAAAAAGAAAAAAAGUUGUGGUCUCUGAGGAUCUAGGCCAGAGGGCUUUUCAAUCACUGGCUCCUGCUGUCGGUAGCCAUACAUCUACUCCUGUUGCAGUUGUGGUCCCUGUUGGGAAUGUGCCAAUAACUACUAUUGAAAAGUCAGUUGUGUCUGUAUCUCCUCUUGCUGAUCAAUCCAAAAAUGAUCAGAAUGUUGAGAAGAGGAUUAUGUCAGAUGAGUCUCUUUUGAAAGUUAAGGAGGCCAGGGUACAUGCAGAGGAAGCUUCUGCUCUCUCUGCUGCUGCAGUGAAUCAUAGCCUAGAGUUAUGGAAUCAGUUGGAUAAACAUAAAAAUUCUGGGUUGAUGCCUGAUAUUGAGGCUAAAUUAGCUUCUGCAGCAGUUGCCGUUGCAGCUGCUGCAGCCAUUGCGAAGGCAGCAGCAGCAGCUGCCAAUGUUGCCUCAAAUGCUUCUCUUCAAGCAAAACUAAUGGCUGAUGAAGCAUUGCUUUCAUCUGGUUAUAAUAAUUCCAGCCAAAGUAAUCAAAUUUGUCUUUCUGAGGGUACCAAUAACUUAGGAAAAGCAACCCCUGCUUCCAUCUUGAAAGGUGCUAAUGGAACCAAUAGUCCUGGUUCUAUCAUUGUUGCUGCCAAGGAAGCUGUUAAAAGGAGAGUGGAAGCUGCUUCAGCUGCCACCAAAAGAGCUGAAAAUAUGGAUGCCAUUGUGAAGGCUGCUGAGCUGGCAGCAGAAGCUGUAUCUCAAGCAGGAAAAAUUGUAACUAUGGGUGAUCCUUUGCCAAUAAGUCAGUUGGUAGAAGCUGGCCCAGAGGGAUGUUUGAAAGCAACCCGAGAGUCUUCUCAGCAAGUUGGAUUAUUCAAAGACAUUACCAGAGAUAUGGUGAACAUUAAUGUGAGAGAUAUUCCUGAAACUUCUUAUACACAUAACAGAGACAUUUUAUCUGGUGGCAUUUCUGCUAGUAUUAAGAUCAAUGAAAAGAAUUCAAGAGGACCAAAGGGACGCAAGGUUGUUUCUAAUUUAGUCAAGCCUAUUCAUGUGGUUCCUGGAUCUGAGCCUGAAAUUCAGGCUCCUUUUACUGUUAAUAAUGGAUCUGAAAAUCUGGUGGAAAGUAGCAUCAUCAAGGAGGGCUUACUUGUAGAGGUUUUCAAAGAUGAGGAAGGGUUUAAAGCUGCAUGGUUCUCAGCCAAUAUUUUGACUUUGAGGGAUGAUAAAGCUUAUGUAGGCUACACUUCACUUGUAGCUGCUGAAGGUGCAGGGCCAUUAAAGGAAUGGGUUUCACUUGUAUGUGAUGGAGACAAACACCCCAGAAUACGUACUGCUCGUCCUCUUAAUACUUUACAAUAUGAAGGAACAAGAAAGAGACGUAGAGCUGCUAUGGGAGAUUAUGCAUGGUCUGUUGGGGAUAGAGUUGAUGCAUGGAUACAAGAAAGCUGGUGGGAAGGAGUCAUCACAGCGAAGAAUAAAAAAGAUGAAACAACAUUUACUGUUCACUUUCCUGCUAGUGGAGAAACGUUGGUUGUUAGAGCUUGGCAUCUCCGUCCAUCCCUUAUCUGGAAGGAUGGGAAAUGGAUUGAAUCUUCCAAAGUGGGGGCAAAUGACAGUUCUACCCAUGAGGGUGAUACACCAAUCGAAAAACGACCUAAAUUGGGUAGUCAUGCGGUAGAUGUAAAAGGGAAAGACAAGAUGUCAAAAGGCAGUGAUGCUGUGGAGUCAGCAAAACCUGAUGAGAUGAAAUUACUUAAUUUGGCUGAAAACGAUAAAGUGUUUAAUAUUGGUAAGAGCAGCAAGAAUGAAAAUAAAUUUGAUGCACACAGAAUGGUGAGGACUGGUCUUCAAAAAGAAGGAUCAAAAGUAAUUUUUGGUGUUCCUAAACCGGGGAAGAAAAGGAAAUUUAUGGAAGUAAGCAAGCAUUACGUGGCACAUGAAAACAGUAAGAUCAGUGAUAGAAAUGAUUCAGUUAAACUUGCAAAUUUCUUGAUGCCUCCAAGUUCCGGACCUAGAGGAUGGAAAAAUAGUUCCAAAAAUGAUGCCAAAGAGAAACAUGGAGCUGACUCCAAGCCAAAGACAAGUCAUACUGAAAGGAUUAAGGAUUCUUCAAAUCAAUUCAAGAAUGCUUCCCAGAGUGAAAGUAAGGUGGAGAGAGCACCUCACUCUGCAAGUGAUGGAGCAACAGGAUCAAUCUUGUUUUCAACGCUGGCAACUUCGGUGGAUGCUCAUCCCACUAAAAGAGCAUCCUCAUCAAGAGCAAGUAAAGGGAAACUUGCGCCUGCCCAUAUUAAAUCAGGUAAAGGUGAGAUGGAAAAGGCUUUAAAUGACAAUCCCAUGAAAUCAGCAUCCGACGUGGUUGAGCCCCGGAGAUCCAAUCGCAGGAUCCAGCCAACAUCAAGACUAUUAGAAGGAUUGCAGAGCUCUUUGAUCAUCUCAAAGAUUCCUUCGGUUUCACAUAAUCGUAAUACUAAGAGUUAAAUGGAAGGGAGCUUGCAAUGAUGCGGUACAGUUAAAAGACCGGCCUGUUAUUUAGAUGACCGACAUACCUAGCAUAGAUGUGUAUAUUUAUAAUAGAGAACCAACCUAGGAAUGGAAUGGAAAUUCUUGCUUCCUAUGUUUUAGGCGGACUAUAGUUCAGUAGACGGUCGGUCAUAUUGAUUUUUUAGUAUUUAUUUAAAUUUGAAUGUGAUUUGAUCCGUAGGCUGUGCUGUAUAUCGAUAUUCUCCAUGUUACCUUGGUGGUAGAGGUUUGUUUGUUCUUCAAAUGAUAACAUAACGGGAUGCUCUACAUGCCAAUUGCUGCAUUCAUUGGCUGUCGGCUAGUACCUUCUCUUCCA